CACACUUCGACGCAAUCAUCGCAAUGCACGUGUUCACGUUGUAGAUUAUCGCGAAGUUUAGAAACAUGCAGGUCUCAAAUCCUAAUAACGUUAAGAUAUACAAUCUUAGCGCUGGAAAAUCUUUGCCAGAAUGGCUUUCUGACAGGCAAAAGCGCUCUUUACAGAAGCAGGACAUCGAUGUAAGGCGGAGGAUAGAACUCCUGCAAGAUUUUGACAUGCCAACAGCAAGUCAAUGUGUAGGGGUGUCUCCCGAUGGACAAUACAUAUGUGCCACUGGUACAUAUAAACCGAGACUAAAGUGUUUCGAUACCGCUCAGAUGUCACUCAAGUUUGAAAGAGGUCUUGAUUCCGAUGUUGUAAAUUUUCAAUUCCUCGGAGAAGACUAUGGGAAAAUAGUGUUUCUUCAGUGUGAUCGAUACAUAGAACUGCAUUCACAAUUUGGAAGAUAUUACAGACUUAGAAUACCAAAGUAUGGGAGGGAUAUGGCGUAUCAUUUUCCUAGUUGUGAUUUGUUUGUAGGUGGCAUUGGAUCUGAAGUGUACCGAAUUAAUCUAGAGCAAGGAAGGUUCCUUAGUCCUCUGACCACUAAGGCACCAGAUACUAAUUGUUGUGAAAUUAACCCGGCUCAUGGACUACUCGCCUGUGGAACCAGUGUAGGAACUGUUGAAUGUUUUGAUCCGCGUGUCCGCAAAGCUGUCGGAACACUAGAUAUUACCUUAUCAAAUCAAUUUGAAGAUGUUCAUGAACUGCCUAAAGUCACUGCAUUGAAAUUUCGAGAUGCCCUCAAUAUGGCCGUAGGAACAAGUACUGGUCAUAUAUUGCUUUAUGACAUUCGUUCCAACAAACCACUCCUCGCAAAAGACCACCAUUAUGAAUUGCCAAUCAAAUCGAUCGAAUUUCAGGAUUCACUGAAUCUCGUUCUCUCAAUGGACUCCAAAAUCUUGAAGCUCUGGGACCGUGAAACAGGAAAGCCCUACACCUCCAUUGAGCCAGGGACACCUCUGAAUGACCUCUGUGUUCUACCCAAGUCUGGACUUCUAUUCAUGGCCAAUGAUGACCAGAAAAUUCUGUCCUACUACAUUCCAGCUCUUGGAACUGCUCCCAAGUGGUGCUCAUUCUUGGAUAACCUGACAGAAGAGUUGGAAGAAAGCACUGCUCAGAUAGUGUAUGAUGACUACAAAUUUGUCACAAGAAAGGAGUUAGAGGAGCUAGGCCUUGCACACUUGAUAGGGUCCACAUUACUGAGAGCCUACAUGCAUGGGUUCUUCAUGGACAAUAGACUGUACAACAAGGCUAAAACUAUUGCUGAGCCAUUUGCGUAUGAAGAUUACAGAAAGAGCAAGAUUCGAGAGAAGAUUGAACAGGAGAGAGCCAAUCGUGUCCGGUUAAAGAAACUUCCCAAAGUCAACAGAGAUCUGGCGGAGAAACUGAUGGAUGUGAAGGAAAUUGGAACCAACAAGAAGAAGGUGAAAGAAACAACUACUCUGCUGGAGGAUGAUCGGUUCUCUGCAAUGUUCUCCAACCCUGAGUUCCAGAUCAAUGUGAAUAGUGAUGAAUAUAAGUUAGUCAACCCAGUGGUAUCAAAGUUGGACAAAGUGAGGAGAAAGAAGCAAGCCAAAAUGGAGCAGUUUGCUGAAGUGAGCGACGAGGAGGGCAAGAACAUGAGCGAGAGUGAUAGUUCAGAUGACGAACACACCUGGACUAAGGAACUCAAAGACCAGCACAAAAAGCUACGACGUGAGGCAGCGCAAGCAAAACAUGCGGAGUACAUGGAGAGGAAAAACGCACCCAAAUUCUACGAAAUCAAAGAUGGAGUAGAUCUGGACAGCAAAGAUGGAAGUCAGAAAAAGCUGGCCAAGAAAUCUCUUGGACAAAGAUUGCAAGAGACUCGGGAUGACAGUAUUGUGUCUAAAUCAGGAUCUCUUGGCAGUAGAGAGAUGACAUUUACCUUUAAGAAGAGUGAGAGGGAGGUGAGGCAACAGCAGCAGUCUAGAGAACACCAUAAAGAAAGGAAGAGCAUCCGACGGUCUGCAGGGGAUAUCACUAAGACUCUUAAACAAAAACCAAAGUUUUGGUUAGGGAAGAGAGUCAAAUGAUAUUUUUGAAUACAAACACUGCAGUGCAAUAAACAUUGUUUUUCUGAGUUAUAUACAAUGUACUGGACAAUAAAAAGUUAGUGCAUGUA